AUGAAGGAGAAAAAAGAAAUUGAAGCAGAUUUGAGCAAAUUGAAGCAGAAACUGAAGAAUGCAUGUGAGACGGAUAGAAUAGAGGAGUUGCAGAGAGAUAUAAGGAAGAUGGAAGAGAUAAGAAGAAUUCUGUUGUUGAAUGAGAAUGAUUUCUAUGGAAUAUUGGAAUGCAGCAGAUCCAAUACACUUGACGAAAUAAGGGCCUCUUUUAGAGAGAAAGCUACGCUUAUUCACCCAAGUAGAACUAGACUAACUGGUUCAAACAGUGCCUUACAGAAUGCAUAUGCUCAUCUGAACACCUUGGCCAAGAAAAUAGACUAUGAUAAGGAGGAUGAACCAAUAAUACCUCCAGGAUACGAUAGGUUUAACGAGAAUGUAUCAAAUAAUGAGGUAUUCUAUAGAAAUCCAGGAUGGGGUGGCAUCAGUGCUAGUAUUGGAAUUGUAGACUGGCGCAUCCAGUACAACUUCUACCUUAAUGAACUGUACAACCACACGGUCUUCAGACAAAGCAGCAGAAGCAACACAUCUGAGUCACGUACUGUCCAAUUCUCCAGACUCAUCACAUCCUUUGGAUUGUUGCUCAUAAUAAUCUGCCUGCUUUAUCAGGGACCCUGA